GCCAAACAAACCACCAGGACAAUAACACCACAAAAUUAUCAUGGCUAUUCAUAUCUCAUGAAGGGAUUUCUCAUUUUCAUAUGAGAGAGUUGAGGUAAAAAUUGACGCUUUAAACUCAGUGGAACAAUAAAAAUAUGCCCUUUGGUAUGAUUCACAGGUGUUUCUUUUCAUAUCUAAGAUUACCCAGAAGAAGAAUAAACAGGGUUUUGAGUAGCCAAGCCUAUGUUCCUAGUAAUUCCUUUUCCCCAAAAAAUUUGCAUUCUUUGCUCUCAUUAGUUUCAUAAUUUUGAUGGGUUCUUGUUGUUCAAGAUGAUAAGGUGUAUCUCACAGAAAAACAUAAUAACGUUGAUAUUAACUCAAAACUUAAGAAUGCGAUGCCGAACUGCAGCUUGUUGGGAUAAUUUGCAACGAUCCUUGCAUUUCCGGACAGUAUACUCGCUUGUUUUGUCCAAAGUGUAAAGGUGGUCAAUCAAUGGAGAGAAGUUUGUCUUUUCAUAUAAUCCAAGAUGAUUAAGCAGAAAGCGGUUGUUUUUUUCCUUAAUUUUAAUUUGACUUGUUUGUGUAGAAUCUUUUGUUGUUGGUGGUUGACUGGGUUGGUUUUACUUGUAGGGAUUUUGCAAUGUGGAGGUGUUUCCGAGGCGUUUGCAGACAGCAACAACAUUAGAAAAGUUAUGUCAUCGAGAGAAAUCACAGAAAAGAGCUUAGGAUUAGAACCGCUGGGUGACAAGGUAAUUGCAUAUUUUGCCGGGCGGAUGAUAUCUGAGGGAACUCUGCGGAGAAAUUCUGUUAUGCAAUUAUCUGGUGAUCAGGAUGUCAUAGCGUUACCUUUCAAACAAAAUGGGGUGCUAGUUGGUUGCAAGUACCGAACUUGCAGGGAGAAAAAAUUUUGGCAGGUGAAGGGCACACAGAAAUGGUUAUUUGGACUUGAUGACAUAAAGGAUGCUGAUGAAAUCAUCAUUGUUGAAGGUGAAAUCGAUAAGCUUGCAAUGGAGGAAGCUGGUUUCCUUAACUGUGUAAGUGUUCCCUGUGGAGCACCACAAAAGGUUUCUGCCAAAGAAUUACCACCACAGGAAAAGGAUACUGGAUAUCAGUAUGUAUGGAACUGCAAAGAGCACUUGGAUAAGGUUUCUCGCAUUAUCCUGGCUACUGAUGGUGAUAUACCAGGCCAAGCCUUGGCUGAAGAGCUAGCACGCCGUCUUGGAAAAGAGAGAUGCUGGCGUGUCCAUUGGCCAAAGAAAGACGAGUUCUGUUGCUUCAAGGAUGCGAAUGAGGUUCUCAUGUUUUUGGGUCGAGAUGCUCUGAAGGAAGUUAUUGAAAAUGCAGAGUUGUAUCAGCUACAAGUUCCAGAGCAAGCAAUGCAAUGCACAUAAAGCUCGUAUGAAACACGUUCAAAGAAUUACAGGGUUUAUUUUCUUUCAUUUUUUUUUUCUUUUAAAUGCUGUUUGUAUUCCAAAAACGGCCAGGUAGAUCUUCAAGGGUUGACUAUGAAAACUAAAAUGAUAAUUGGAAUCACAUGUUUAUGAACUUCUCUUGAAUCAACAGAAGUUUACUGCUAA